AAAUAAAAUCAGCGAUCACGUCCAACACGUACAAGGUGGAAAACAGCGAAAUCAUCGAGACGUCAGUCGCUCAACAUUUCGCGUAUCUGCACGGCGUUCUUCAAAACAUGGAAGCAAAAUUGAUGAACCAACUACAUGAGCAAAGUGAUAGCCUAAAGAAUAAUUUAGAGGACAUCGAAAGGCAGCUUGGAAUCCAGGAGGAAAAACUGAAGAUGACGCUGCAGAUAGCAUCCUAUGCGAAACAAACCUUCCACAAGAUGGACAUACGAAACGCGAUAAACAUCUUGAAGGAGAUGGCAGAUCUCCCUUGUCAUUUGAUGUAUAAGGACGCGUGCCAGAACCAAACCGCAACGUUUACCGUCGAUGACUCGAUCGUCGCAGCUAUUGAAGAUCACUGCGCAAUCACAGUGCCGUUAAUGUCGUCCUACAGUCUCGUGCGAAAAGACGAGCUACCAAAGAAUUACAUAAUGUCGCCUUUAUCGAAGAAACUGCGCGCAAUGGUCUUUGACGAGCCGCCGUCAAUGCUACCGGAAAUGCAACCAAGUAAAGCACUACCACCAACGACGAUCGACAUCGACGACAAGACGGAAGAUAACGAGCAAGAAGAAAGCAUUUCCGAGUACAAGGUGGAGGUGACGUACGUUGUUAAUCCGUCGUUUUUCUUCGUCCGAAAACUGGCCACGAAACCGGAAUUCCUGCAGUUGGAAAAAGACAUAACGGCAUACGGGAACAACAAGCAGAACCUAGUCGAGACACCGAGUAAUAUCAACCAAGACGAUAUGUGUAUCGUCAAACAAUGGAAAGAGGUUAACAAUGUCGACGAUUGGUAUCGAGGGCGGGUGAGCGCGGCGAGUACGACUGCCGACGGUGAACGGGUGUACAACGUGAUUUACAUAGACUACGGUUACGAAGAGUGCAACGUAGCGGCGUCGAGAGUGCGAGAGAUCCCCGAGCAUCUGCGAGAAUUGCCACCGCAAGCGAUUCGAUGCAGCUUACAUGGCUUGCUGCCCAAAAAUCUUCACUGGACAAACGCGAGCACGAACGACUUUCUGAAGCUGACGAACGGAGCCGAUUGCACGAUGUCUGUUUUCAACCCCACCCGUGACGUUCUGUACGUCGAUCUUCGCUUUAUCUCGAAGAAUAGUAACAUGGGUCCGCAGUCGAUGUGUAGCACUAUGAAAAUUAUGGAUUACGCGCGUUUGAACACUCGGCUAAGCCCGCAGCACGAGUUGAAACCUACCACGUACGUUUAUACUAAAGAAGACCUUCCGUUAAGUAAAAUGACAACGGUUAACAUUGGCUGGAUUGAGUCACCAGACAAAAUUUACGUCUUGAAGGCUCUGCGUCAAAAUAAGUUCUUGAAAAUAAGGAAUGAAAUGAAUGAGUAUUUCGAAAAAGAGACUUCACCGAACAUAAUUGAAACACCACAAAAAGGUUUACCGUGCGCUGUACAAUUGGAAGACAAUACCUGGCAACGCGGCGAGAUCACUGAAAUAAUUAAUGAAAAUCAAGUCAGAGUGUUUUGCGUGGACUGGGGUUAUACCUUGAUUCAAAAUCGCGACACGUUACGAGCGAUUCCGCAUGAAUACACCAUAUUUAAGGCACAAGCCAUAAAGGUAGCGUUAAUGUAUAUAAUGCCUGAAUCUGAUGGAAGCUGGAAACCGGAAGCUCUCUCAAGUUUGCUGCAUAUUUUCAAUAAUGCAAACUGUAUCACGAUAACUCCUCGAAGAAAAGUAGACGACCGGUACAUCGGAUGUAUGCACGCUGAUAACAUCGACAUCAGCCGUCAGUUAAAACUCGAAGGCGUUGUUAACGAAUUUUUUGUGAGGGAAUGUAGCAAAUUUAAGAACAAGCCUAGGAAAUUACGAUUGGCUUUUAAACCUUUUAUUCCACUGGAGUCCGAUAAUAAUUCGAAAUCCGAUAAUACUAUCAAAGACCUCUGCGUUUCGUGGAACGAUACGCAGGUGAAGGAUGAUAAAUCAGUAAAAGACGAGACGCCUAAAGAUCCGUUCAAGGUGGAAGUGCGUGUUGAAAGGGCGACCACACCGGACUGCAUCUACGUUGCCCAGACCGAAUAUGAAAAAUCGAACGCCAAACUAAUGGCGUCCAUGCAGAACUUCUACAAUACCUAUUUCUCCGAACCGCGCGAUAAUUGGAGUAAAGGCGCAUUGUGCGCGGUGUAUUCCGCAAAGGACAAGUCCUACUUCCGCGCGAAAAUAUUGAAGAUAAAAUCUUCGACAGAAGUGCUAGUCUAUUUCUACGACAUGGGUAUCGAGGAGACGGUGACGAUGAAGGACAUACAAGUUCUCCAUUCGGAUUUCACCAAGGAAAUGACGUACUGCUUUAAGGUGAAGCUGGCCGGUAUUUUGCCGUGCGGCGGAUCAUCCACGUGGCCGAAGUUAUCCUGCGCAACGCUGUCCGAGAUUAUACGAGACAAUUCGAAUUGCAAAUUUUACAUCACUAAGCCGGUUCAGGAAGAAAUUUGCGAUGACGUGGUCUCUGUCGAGCUUUGGGUAAGACAGUUGAAAAUACCAGGACCUUUUGCGAAAGCUAAAGUAGAAAUAAAUUCUAUCAACCGAAUGUUGGUGGAGAAGGGUGUCGCCUUACCCAUUAAAAACUACUUUGCGACAGCAGACUCGACUCUCGCAGCAGAAUUUAGGCAGCAGUUGGAGAGCAGUUGUUGGUUUGUGCAGUCCGAAGAAGAGGUGGAGUGGCAUAACAAAGGGCUAAACGAGAUCGAAAUGGAUGAAACGUUGACAUCACCUAAGGAUGAACUGUCGUUUUGCAAUUCUAGCAUUGACGUUUUAACUACUUUAGCUUCGAGUGCCAAAUACCAGGCUUGCGAAUCGACAGAUCGUGAAUGUGCAGUGAAAUUCUCGGACUGGUUACCGCCGAAUGAGAUAACGGAGGAAGUAUUUCACGCUAUGCCGACAUAUGUGGACAACAAAUGCGUUGUGUACUUGCAUCCUAAGAAAUAUAAUGCCGAUAUACUGCACUACAUAGAGACUGAAUUACAAAUUCAUUAUAAGAAUAUUAAAAUAAACAAACUUAAGCAAUGGAAGGAAGGAGAAUUAUGUAUCGCUCAAUAUCAUGGUAACCAAAAGUGGUACAGAGGUAAAGUUAUCCAAACUUCAGGAAAUAUAAUACAGGUGGAAUUUGUCGAUUACGGCAAUGUGGAAGACUGUGAGAUAGAGCACGUAACGGAUCACGUUAGACUGGGACAUAUUCCUAUCCAGUGCACAAAAUGCGUCAUCAGCGGGCUAAAACCGGACUCCUCGACCGGUAAAUGGAUGUUGCACGAUUUAGACCGCAUACACAAGCUUCUCGUUGAAAAAGAAUGCAAAGUGUCCAUUUUACAGCGUCAACCCACGUAUUUAAUUAUAUCGAUACAAUUAUUGCAGCCAUUUAAGUGCGACUUUCUCAUGUAUCUUGCAAAUCACAUGGAGAACAUGAAUGUUAAGAUCGAACGUAAGGAGUGGAAUGAUUCAGACAAUUCCGAGGAUGAAGAGGAUUAUUUAAAAUCCUUGGACACCACCAGAGAUGUCGUCAUUGAAGAGACAGUAAGCGAGUGCGAAAAGCCGUCCGUAGCUGAUACUUCCAACGGAUCUUCGGGAACAUACACGCAGGAUGUUACAUUGAUCCAGGAUAUGAUCAGCGGUAAUUUAGCGGAGUCUCUAAAGACAGAAUUGCUUGAUAAAUUGAAGGAUAAGAUAUCCGAUACCGAAAGUAUAUCUUCAAUAGACACGAAUAUUUUGAAUAAUCAUCUGAUCUCUUCAACGCCGCAACCACAAUCGGAGGAAGAAGACGGUGUUUUUCUCUCGUACAAACGGUUGACAAUUCCGCAGGAGACGAAGUAUAUCGAAAUAAAAUUAUGUUGCAACAAAGAUCCCAUCACCUCAUUCGCGCAAUUGGCAGAAAAUAACGACCAUAUGUUCUCUAAAGAGCUUCACAAGUAUUAUUUGCAGUACGAAAUUAUAAUGUCAGAGUUACAAAUCGAUGCUCGUCAUCAACCGUUACUCGAAUCUUUUGCGAAGAAUACUCCUUGCGUUACGAAGUUUAUUGAUGACAUGUGGUACAGAUGCGUAAUUACAAAUAGUGAGAAAAUUCCAAACAGUCGAUACAUGAAGAUUUCACUAUAUUAUGUCGACUAUGGUAAUCAUGAAUACAGAAUAUUGGACCUACUCUCCGAAGACCACAAUUUGUAUGUACUAAAGCAAAAAUGGCUGGAAGUGCCCGCCAUGGCUAUCAAAUGCACAUUUUGGGGUCUAAACUUUGUCUCUGACGACAUUGAUUUGUUAGCGUCAAAAUUAGAUGAAAUCUAUAAUCAAGCAGUUGUGGCUCAAAUCAAGGAGAUCAACGAUGGAAAUAAUCUGGUGGUCCAAAUAUACAAGGAUAAAACGUGCAGAGAACUUUUUUAUGCUCACUUAAUAGAAGAAGGUUUAUACCAGUUUAAGAAACCCAAGGAAGAUUGAGGAGUUUCACUUAAUAGAAGGUUUAUACCAGUUUAAGAAAUACAAAGAAGAUUCAGGAGUUUUACCUAAUAGAAGAAGGUUUAUACUAGUUUAAGGAAUUCAAGAGGUAGCUUUAAUGACUUCAAGCUUUACUUAAAUCAUAUUUGUCUCAUAUGAUUUAUAUCCAUGGUUUAAGUAAAUCCGAGAAGGAAUAUCUGUGAAUAUUUUAUUUUUUCUAUGUAUAAAUAAGGAUUA